AUGCAAUCGCUCUACGAGGUCGAGACCGAAAGUCCUCGUUUGUCUAUUGUGCAGGGCGCUUCGAGUCCUCCGUUGUUGACGCUUACUCUGGGUGAUCUACUUGAUCAACAAACUCGCCUUCGUGAUGGUGAUGAAUGUUUAGUGUGUUCGUCGUUGGGCACGAGAUGGACGUAUGGAGUGUUGCGGGAAGAGAGUAUUGCGGUGGCUCGGGGGUUGUUGGCGUUGGGCAUAAAAUCGGGAGAUAGAAUUGGCAUCUUGGCGGGUAACUGCGCAGAGUACAUUUCGGUUUUCUUUGCGGCGGCUUAUAUUGGUUGUAUAUUGGUGGUGUUGAAUAAUACAUAUACGACUCAAGAGGCUAAGAAUGGGCUGAAACAUGCAGGUUGUCGUAUCUUAUUUACUGUACCAAAAAUUGGAAGGCAGAGUGUUGAAAGACUUAUUUCUGAGUUAGGGCCAUUACCAAAGGGAAAUGGCAAUUCCAAAUGUUUGGAUAGACUGGUGAUGUUGAGAGGUUCUCGAGAUGGAUUUAUGAAUUACGAUGGACUGAAAAGUCAAGGUCGGACAGGAUCUAUGGAGGACUUCGAGAGAGCAAGAAAGAUGGUGAAGCCGGACGACAUUGUGAAUCUACAAUUCACGAGCGGGUCAACGGGAAGUCCUAAGGCGGCAAUGCUUACACACUUUAAUUUGGUCAAUAAUGCCAAUUCAAUCGGGGACCGAUUGGCCUUCACACCUCAAGACAUCUUGUGUUGUCCACCGCCGCUCUUCCAUUGUUUUGGUCUCGUACUCGGAGUCCUGGCAGUCAUCACACAUGGUGCCAAAAUCAUUCUUCCGGCGGAAACCUUCGAUGCUUCUGCGGUACUGCGGGCAGUAUCAGAUGAGAAGUGUACUGCACUUCAUGGCGUACCGACCAUGUUCGAAGAGAUUCUUAGCUUACCCCGACCAGAGGAAUUUAAUUGUGACAACUUGAGAACUGGGAUAAUAGCUGGUGCACCAGUACCAAGACCCUUGAUGAAGAGAUUGUUGACGGAGUUGAAUAUGCGAGAAUUCACAUCUAGUUAUGGCUUAACGGAAACUUCACCCACUUGCUUCAAUGCAUAUACCUAUGAUACCAUCGAUACCCGCUUGGCAACUGUUGGACAAAUUCUUCCACAUCUCCGAGCGAAAAUCAUCGAUCGAGAUGGGAAUAUCGUGCCGCAAGGAGCAAGAGGAGAACUUUGUAUUUCUGGAUACUCGCUGCAGAAAGGUUAUUGGAAUAAUGAGGAAAAGACUGCAGAAGUAAUGGUGAGAGAUGGAGAUGGGAUCUUGUGGUUGAAAACGGGUGAUGAAGCUUCAUUCGAUGAGAGAGGGUAUUGCUCCAUCACUGGACGUUUCAAGGAUAUCAUUAUCCGAGGUGGAGAAAACAUAUAUCCACUUGAAAUCGAAACUCGCCUCGACGCUCACCCUUCCAUCUCUCGCGCGAUAGUGGUGGGUAUUCCAGAUCCCAAAUAUGGCGAAGUUGUGGGUGCCUUCCUCGAUAUGCAAGAAGAUUCCGCGGCGGUCAAAAAGAAGCUGUCAGACAUAGAAAUACGAGAUUGGACAAGAAAAGUACUGGGAUGGCAUAAAGCUCCGCAUCAUGUGUUUUGGUUUGGAGAGGAGGGUUUGAAGAUGGAUACCCCGAAGACGGGAAGUGGAAAGGUCAAGAAAUUUGAGUUGAGAAAUGAAGGAGCGAGGAUUGUGAAUGAGAGGGGUAUGAGGCCAAAGCCGAAGUUGUAG